UCCUGGGGCACAUGUCUGCCUCUUACAACACCGAGGCACAUGGUUCUAGUUAAGUACAUAAAUCCAGCCGAACUGAUAGGAUAGCCCUGGGACAGCUCCACACCGAACCACCUCCUCCGAGGGAGGUCGGGGGGACUGCAGCAGAGAGAUGAAGGGAUAGCGAGAGAGAAAGAGAAAGCUGCCCAUGCGACGGCCGGGAGCGUCUGCGAGCUGGAUCGGGUGGAGGAUGCUGCGGCAGGUCAUUCGCAGAGGGCUCCAGUCGUUCUGCCACAGGCUGGGCUUGUGCGUGAGCCGGCACCCCGUCUUCUUCCUCACCGUGCCUGCAGUCCUGACCAUCAUCUUCGGCUUCAGCGUGCUCAACCGCUUCCAGCCCGAGAGCGACCUGGAGAGGUUGGUCGCCCCCAGCCACAGCUUGGCAAAGAUCGAGCGGAGCCUGGCGGGGAGCCUCUUCCCCCUGGACCAGUCCAAAAGCCAGCUGUAUUCGGACUUGCACACCCCUGGGAGGUAUGGCAGGGUAAUCCUCCUCUCCCCACCCGGACACAAUAUUUUGCUCCAGGCUGAGGGGAUCCUGCAGACCCACCGAGCCGUGCUGGAAAUGAAGGUGAACCACAAGGGCUAUAAUUAUACUUUUUCCCAUCUGUGUGUGUUGAGAAAUCAGGAUAAGAAAUGCGUGCUGGAUGAUAUAAUUUCAGUGCUAGAGGAUCUCAGGCAGGCUGCCGUCUCCAAUAAGACAACAGCCAGGGUGCAAGUGAGGUAUCCCAACACUAAAUUGAAGGAUGGGAGGAGCACUUUUAUCGGACACCAACUGGGUGGUGUCGAUGUGCCCAACAGCAAAGACCAGCGGGUCAAGUCAGCCAGAGCCAUUCAAAUCACCUACUACCUCCAGACCUAUGGCUCUGCCACCCAAGACCUCAUCGGGGAGAAGUGGGAAAGUGAGUUCUGCAAACUAAUGAGGAAGCUACAAGAAGAGCACCAGGAUUUCCAGCUGUUCUCUCUAGCAUCCUUUAGCCUCUGGAGAGACUUUCAUAAGACCAGCAUUCUGGCCAGGAGCAAGAUCCUGGUGAGCCUCAUGCUGAUCUUGACCACAGCCACCCUCUCUAGCUCAAUGAAAGACUGCCUGCGGAGCAAGCCUUUCCUAGGCCUCUUGGGUGUGCUGACAGUUUGCAUAUCCAGUGUGACCGCGGCAGGGAUAUUCUUCAUCACUGAUGGAAAAUACAAUUCCACCCUCCUGGGGAUCCCUUUCUUCGCAAUGGGUCAUGGAACAAAGGGAGUAUUUGAGCUUCUAUCAGGAUGGAGGAGAACCAGAGAGAAUCUGCCCUUCAAAGACAGGGUUGCUGAUGCCUAUUCUGAUGUGAUGGUCACCUACACCAUGACCAGCUCCUUAUACUUCAUUACGUUUGGUAUGGGUGCCAGUCCUUUCACCAACAUUGAGGCCGUGAAGGUCUUCUGUCAGAACAUGUGUGUCUCCAUCCUAUUGAACUACUUCUACAUAUUCUCUUUCUUUGGCUCCUGCCUGGUCUUUGCAGGCCAACUAGAGCAAAACCGUUACCACAGCAUCUUCUGCUGCAAAAUUCCUUCUGCAGAAUACCUAGAUCGUAAGCCCGUCUGGUUCCAGACCGUGAUGAGUGAUGGGCAUCAACAGACUUCUCACCAUGAGACCAACCCCUACCAGAACCACUUCAUUCAGCAUUUUCUCCGGGAACAUUACAAUGAGUGGAUUACAAAUAUCUAUGUGAAGCCAUUUGUUGUUAUCCUUUAUCUCAUCUAUGCUUCCUUUUCCUUUAUGGGCUGCUUGCAAAUCAGUGAUGGGGCCAAUAUCAUCAGCCUACUUGCCAGUGAUUCCCCAAGCGUCUCCUAUGCCAUCCUACAGCAAGAAUACUUCAGCAAUUACAGUCCAGUGAUUGGAUUCUAUGUAUAUGAGCCCCUUGAGUACUGGAACGGCACCGUCCAGGAAGACUUAAGAAGACUUUGUAGUGGCUUCACUGCAGUGUCUUGGGUUGAACAGUAUUACCAGUUCCUGAAAGUCAGCAAUAUCAGUGCAAAUAACAAGAGUGACUUCAUCAGUGUCCUGCAAAACUCCUUUUUAAAAAAACCAGAGUUCCAGCACUUCCGAAAUGAUAUAAUUUUCUCCAAGGCAGGAGAUGAAAGCAAUAUCAUUGCUUCCCGCUUGUAUCUGGUGGCCAGGACUAGCAGAGAUAAGCAGAAGGAAGUAAUUGAAGUACUAGAUAAACUUAGACCCCUGUCUCUGGCCAAGAGCAUCCGGUUCAUUGUGUUCAAUCCUUCCUUUGUUUUCAUGGAUCACUAUGGCUUGUCUGUCACCAUGCCUGUCCUGAUUGCUGGCUUUGGAGUCCUACUGAUGUUAAUUUUAACUUUCUUCUUAGUGAUCCACCCUCUGGGAAACUUCUGGCUAAUUCUCAGUGUCACCUCAAUAGAGCUGGGUGUUCUGGGCUUAAUGACGCUUUGGAACGUAGACAUGGAUUGCAUUUCUAUCUUGUGCCUUAUCUACACUUUAAAUUUUUCCAUUGAUCACUGUGCACCCCUGCUUUACACAUUUGUAUUAGCAACUGAGCACACCCGAACUCAGUGUAUCAAAAGCUCCCUACAAGAGCACGGGACAGCCAUUUUGCAAAAUGUUACUUCUUUUCUUAUUGGGUUGGUCCCCCUCCUGUUUGUGCCUUCGAACUUGACCUUCACACUGUUCAAAUGCUUGCUGCUCACUGGGAGUUGCACGCUUCUGCACUGUUUUGUUAUCUUACCUGUUUUCCUAACUUUCUUCCCCCCCUCCAAAAAGCACCAUAAGAAAAAGAAACGCGCUAAACGAAAGGAGAGGGAGGAGAUUGAGUGCAUAGAAAUCCAAGAGAAUCCUGACCACGUCACAACUGUCUGAGAGGCUUAGACAAACUGAAUUACUUUUUUUUUUCCCAAAUGUCGCACAGAGAUGCAGGGAAGCUCAGACCUCAGCUGCUUGGGCUGGCCAAAUGUAACAAGGCAAGCCAGAUUCAGAGUGGAUUAUUCACAGUACAUCAAAGUGCCAGCUUUUUCUGGGGGUGGGAUGGGGAAUAAGAGUUGGUUUUUGUGUUUGUUUUUCAGAAAAUGAGUUCUCUUUGGAACCUUGGUCUUCACUAUAGACUAGACUCUGGAAGUAAUUGUGAAGCUCCACAGGAGAAUCUGUGAAUUAGUAAUAGAUUAAGACAGAAGGUCAAAUAAUGUUAUUUUUUGAAGGGAAAAGACUUAGAAGUGGUGGUGUUAUGGAAAGAGCAUUGAAAA